AUGAUAAUGGUACUUUCAAUAAUUGCUCAGCUUAUAUAACACAGCCAACACUAAAUCCGGUGAAUGGCCAAUAUACAGGAAAGUUUGAUCCAAAAGAUCUUUCUUUUCCUACUAAUCAAAUAUCUGAAUGCUUGAAAAGAAUUUUUUUCAAAUUUGAUGUUAUCAAUGAUACUAUUGUAGAUAGGCACAAUGCCACAUAUUACAAAUUGGCUGUAUCAGAGUUUAUGAUUGAUCCUAAUGAUUUUGUGGUUAAUACACAAACUGAAAUUAAAAAUAAAAGUGCGCUAUAUGUGAUGUCAAACAUUUUGGCUAUGGAAGGUGCUUUAUUAGCACUAGAUACCUUUCUAUUUGGCGCUCGACCUAUAAAUCCAUAG